AUGGAAUUAGAAGAGGAGGAAAUGGACGUUGGAACUUUACGAAAAACUCUGGGAGUGUUGCAAGAUGAGUUAGCUACCCUAAACGCUAACAAAGAAAAUGUGGCUGAAAUAAUGGUGAUGCAACAGAUGGAGCUCGACUGGAAACGUCGAGAAUUGAACGAAAGACAAGCAGACAUGGAUUGUUGGCAAAGAGACGCAACAUCAACUUUACAGGCGACUAUUCAGUUGGCUCGAGGGCAGCCACCUGUUCCACCUGCACCAACCUCUCAGCCAGAUCUACCCCAAAAUCCUCAUCCUCCUCAAAAUUUACGAUCAGAGCACCACCAGUGUCCUCCAAAUCCACAAGACCCAAGGAACCCACAGCGGCCGGAACAACAUCCAGCUGCUCAGCAGGAAAGGAAACCUCAAAAUCAUGCUAGAAUUAGCGAAAAGCGUCAACCCUCUCAUGUUGGUCGAGGUAAUACGCAGCAACACAGACAGAAUAGGGACGAGCAGAGUCCCAGAAGCCCUAGACGUCAAGUAACAGAUGAACAAAACCUUCCUAGCAGGAGACAAUGUCCCUCAGGGAGCAGGAGGUAG